GCAAUAUAAUGAGCCUCAUUCAAUAGCAACCAUUUGGGAAACAAAAAAGAUUAGACAUGUCGACAAUAAGGACAAAUCGUAUAUCGUGUCCACUGAACUGAAUUAAAAUGUAAAAACGUAAACACAGCGAUUAUCGGGGCAGCGGAUUGCGCCUUGCGAGAUAUCGUAAAUUCAGACGCUUUUUCAGACUAUUACAGGUUCGUUCUUUUGUUCUCAAAAGUGUGAAAAUCCUUAUGGUGACUCUUGUGCGUCUGCGCUGCAGCAAGCAAAAGUCUGUCAGCCCAUCUGCAGCUAUUCAGUGGCUGAUGGAUGUAUUCGCGUGAACAUAAGUGAUUUUGGUGAAUCAAUCGCAUCCGAGAUAAGAAUACUCAACUAUGGCAACCAUUGACGGUCGUCCGGCCCAAUAUGGCAUCUCAUUGAAACAAUUACGUGAGUUAAUGGAACAUCGUGGGCGUGAAGGAAUAGCACGCAUUGGAGAGUUUGGUGGUAUUCAGGAUCUUUGUAAGAAACUUUAUACAAGUCCCAAUGAAGGUUUAAGCGGGUCACGAACUGACACUGAGCACAGGCGUGAGACAUUUGGUUCUAAUACUAUCCCACCGAAACCGCCUAAAACUUUCCUGCAACUUGUGUGGGAAGCGCUACAAGAUGUCACACUUAUCAUACUCGAGGUGGCAGCACUCGUGUCCCUGGGGCUAUCAUUCUACCAGCCUGCAGAUGAAGAUCAGGCUACCGCUGCCAUUGCUGACGAAGAAGAUCACCACGGAUGGAUCGAGGGUCUUGCUAUUCUAAUAUCCGUGAUCGUGGUGGUGCUUGUAACUGCUUUCAACGAUUACUCAAAAGAGCGACAAUUUCGCGGCUUGCAGAGUCGUAUCGAGGGUGAGCAUAAGUUUAGCGUGAUUAGGGGCGGCGAGGUGCGUCAAAUUAGUGUUGGAGACAUCGUAGUCGGUGACAUAUGUCAGAUAAAGUACGGCGAUCUCUUACCGGCUGACGGAGUGCUGAUUCAAAGCAAUGAUCUCAAGAUAGACGAGUCAUCCCUUACUGGCGAAUCAGAUCACGUUAAGAAAGGCGAAAACUACGAUCCGAUGGUGCUCAGUGGUACGCAUGUUAUGGAGGGCAGUGGAAAGAUGCUUGUUACAGCUGUGGGAGUUAACUCGCAAGCUGGUAUCAUCUUUACAUUGCUUGGUGCCGCAGUAGAUCAACAAGAGGCAGAAAUGCGUAAGAUGAAGAAAGAAGCUAAAAAGCAGCGAAAGAAGAAGAGCUUAACAGGUGAAGAAAGCGGCAGUGGCGCCAUCACGAGUAACAGUCAUAUUAGUUCACCUUUACCAGACAAAGCUGAUGUGGAGGCAGGCGGCGGAUCAUCGAAUAACCAUAUGACAACAACCAGUCCUACUGGAGACAGUGGUGGCGGCGGCAGUGGACACAAGAAGGAAAAGAGUGUGUUACAAGCAAAAUUAACUAAACUUGCCAUCCAGAUUGGCUAUGCUGGUUCCACGAUUGCAGUACUUACAGUAAUUAUACUAGUGCUGCAAUUCUGUAUCAACACGUUUGUAAUUCACGAGAAACCAUGGAAAAACACGUACGCGAACAAUCUGGUGAAGCAUCUCAUCAUAGGUGUGACUGUUCUUGUGGUAGCUGUACCAGAGGGUUUACCUCUUGCAGUGACUUUAUCACUUGCGUACUCUGUUAAAAAGAUGAUGAAGGAUAAUAAUUUGGUGAGACAUUUGGAUGCUUGCGAGACGAUGGGCAAUGCAACAGCUAUUUGCAGUGAUAAAACUGGAACGUUGACCACUAAUCGCAUGACCGUCGUUCAGUCUUACAUUUGCGAAAAGCUCUGCAAAGUUAUACCCAAAUUUGGUGACUUACCGACACAUGUUGGUAACAUGAUCGUCCAGGGUAUAUCUGUCAACUCUGCAUACACUUCACGAAUAUUGCCCCCAGCAAAUGUUGGAGAACUUCCUACACAAGUGGGAAAUAAAACCGAAUGCGCACUGCUAGGCUUUGUCCAGGGCCUAGGUGUUAACUUUCAAACUAUUCGCGAUGACAUCACAGAAGAAACAUUCACGCGUGUGUACACAUUCAAUUCUGUGCGCAAAUCAAUGUCAACCGUCAUCCCAAGGCCCGGUGGUGGCUUCAGAUUGUACACCAAAGGCGCCUCUGAGAUUGUAUUGAAAAAAUGUGCUUUCAUAUACGGACAUGAUGGUGUACUGGAAAAAUUCACUCGUGAUAUGCAGGAGCGGCUAUUGCAUCAAGUGAUUGAACCAAUGGCAUGUGACGGGUUGCGAACCAUCUCAAUUGCUUUUCGUGACUUUGUGCCAGGAAAGGCAGCCAUAAAUGAAGUUCAUGUUGAUCAGGAGCCCAACUGGGAAGACGAGGAAAAUAUUGUAAAUAAUCUCACGUGCUUGUGUGUAGUAGGAAUUGAGGAUCCGGUUCGUCCUGAAGUUCCAGAUGCAAUAAGGAAAUGUCAAAAAGCUGGCAUUACAGUGCGAAUGGUCACAGGUGACAACAUAAAUACAGCGCGAAGCAUCGCGACAAAAUGUGGCAUUUUAAAGCAAAAUGAUGAUUGUCUUAUUCUCGAGGGUAAGGAGUUUAAUCGCCGCAUUCGUGAUACAAAUGGUGAUGUACAACAGCACUUGCUGGACAAGGUAUGGCCAAAAUUACGCGUGUUGGCACGCUCUUCCCCCACGGAUAAAUAUACAUUAGUUAAAGGCAUAAUUGACAGCAAAGUGAGUGAGAACAGAGAAGUAGUUGCUGUAACUGGCGAUGGCACAAAUGAUGGCCCAGCACUCAAAAAGGCAGAUGUAGGUUUUGCCAUGGGCAUUGCGGGUACAGAUGUUGCCAAAGAGGCAUCCGAUAUCAUUCUCACGGAUGAUAACUUUAGCAGUAUCGUGAAGGCAGUAAUGUGGGGGCGUAAUGUUUAUGAUAGCAUUGCUAAGUUUCUCCAGUUCCAACUCACCGUGAAUGUUGUAGCAGUGAUUGUUGCCUUUAUUGGCGCUUGUGCCGUUCAAGAUUCGCCACUCAAAGCUGUCCAGAUGCUUUGGGUUAACCUCAUAAUGGACACUUUAGCUUCAUUAGCACUCGCAACGGAACUUCCUACGCCUGAUUUACUGUUGCGUAAGCCAUAUGGACGCACGAAACCACUUAUUUCUCGUACAAUGAUGAAAAAUAUCCUUGGACAAGCUAUCUAUCAACUAGGAGUAAUCUUCUCUCUUUUGUUUAUAGGUGAUAAAUUGCUGGACAUUGAAUCUGGUAGAGGACAAGAAUUGGGUGCCGGUCCCACUCAACACUUCACAGUCAUUUUCAAUUCCUUCGUUAUGAUGACCCUCUUCAAUGAAUUCAAUGCACGAAAAAUUCACGGUCAGCGAAAUGUAUUCGAAGGCAUUUUUACGAAUCCUAUCUUCUACAUAAUUUGGAUUGGAACUUGUGUAUCCCAGGUGCUGAUAAUACAAUUUGGUAAAAUGGCUUUCUCUACGAAGGGGCUCACCCUAGAACAAUGGUUAUGGUGUCUUUUCUUCGGUGUGGGUACGCUGUUGUGGGGUCAGGUAGUGACCACAGUUCCUACCAGAAAACUACCAAAACUUCUGUCGUGGGGCCGAGGUCAUCCUGAGGAGUAUACUGAAGCUAUAAAUCUUGGUGAAGAAAGAUUUGACUCCAUAGAUUCUGAAAAGAAACCUAGAGCUGGUCAAAUACUGUGGAUACGUGGGUUAACACGCCUUCAGACUCAGUUGCGCGUUAUUCGCGCCUUUAGGUCUACACUGGAGGAUUUGGAAGAGCGUCGAUCGGUUCACAGUUUGCAUAGCUUGCGCAGUUCACGCAGUCCAACCGGCAUCAUGCAUCAACAACCAGGUGGGACGCAUCUUCUAGUGCCUCUAAACAACCCCGGGCACCGUGCUGCUAACGGGGUCACUGCUACAGACAUUAUUUAUAUAGAUGAGGAGCCAAAAGUGCCGUCAAAUAAUAAUUCUCGCGGAUUCAAUGAUGAUUUACCUAAACCCGUCACAGAGACGCGCAUUUAAAGCCUCUUUGUCUCAUUCCCACUUCCUGUCAUAAACUUACACUUUACACAUCACCAUUCCUCUAAAAUUGCGUAUUAAUAUGCACUGUAGUGGACCACAACUAAUAGUGGUAUUACUGUGAAUUUGUUCGAUAUGCAGACUAUUGAUAAGUUAUAGCUUGUAUUCGACCCCCAGCACUAGUUAGAAUUUGUAGAAGAAACAAAGCAACUGUUUCUCAUGGCACCUGACUAGAGUCGGUAGUGACCAAAGAUAACCGUCGAAAUUGUCCAGUUGCUCUUCUGCCACUAACAUUACUACUUCAAGAAACGGUUUCCAACACUUAUUCUCAACGCUUAUACAGAAAUUUGCAUCGUUCCAGGCUCGAUGAUAUGCUUUUUUUGAAUUUCCUGGGAGGGUAAUCAUUACAUUUUUACAGCCCCUACCCUCGGAUUCGCAGGGUAAUAUAAAUGGAGGAAGAAACUGAGAUGAUUACCCUAAGAUACAUUCAGAAAAACGUUUCAUUAUUAUUUUAAAGAAGAAUUUCAUUCCUAGUUCUAAAAACUUUUCGCGUUCAUGAUUGAAUGAUUAUCGUGUUUACUUCAGUUAGCAAUCAGAUUUAAUUUCUGAUCAGAAUUUCGAAUUUAUUUUUGGGUUUAAAUACAAUUGGGCUAUUUUUUUUAAGAUUUUUACCCAAACGAUAUUAUUAGUCUUAAAUCUCGUUAUCUUGACCUCUUCCGACGUUACUUCGUUCCCAAUCCGUGAACUUUCCUACGACUUCAUUGGUCAUAUGAAAAAUAAUAAAACGAUUGAUUUUACUGUAAAUACGCGCAGAAUUUGGAUAAUAAUUUCUUUCAAUUUGUGGUAAAAGUCAAGAAGUCAGUACACACAAGUAAAUUUACAAAAACAUACAAAAAUAAAUGCAAUUUUGAAGUUCUACCAUUACUCGACAUGUCUUGAGUCUCUAUAAUUAGUUAAACAAACUAAUAUAAUGCCGCAUGGCUUGAUUACAGGCAUACUUUUGAUGGUCAAAGAAAUAAAUUACAAACAAAACUGAUUUAUCAAUGUCAGACUUGUGUCUCGACUUGCAAAAAUAUUUCUACACCAUGCUGAAACCGAAUGCUUUCUGGACACUUUAAAAUUCAUUCAAAAUCACAUUAUCUUGGCGCGAUUUGUUUUCAUUCUCCAAAUGCAUUUUAGAUGUGAAUAAAAACUAGUGCUGGUGGGUCGAUUGUAUUAUUUUAUAUUUUCAGAAUCACUGAAGUGGUAACAUUUGUAGUGUAAUUAAAAUUUUAUUCUUACGUUGAAGAAAUCACAGAUAAAAUUUCCAUUUACAAUUUAUUAAAAAGUAUUACUUGUGACUCAUGAUGUUUUCAGUAAGGUUUUUGUAUAUGGAUAUCAAGAAUGUAUAUUUUCAACACAAUUCAAACAGAUAUAUAUUUAUAUAAACCUAUGACGUUUGCUCGGAAAAUGAACUACUAUGAUUUUUUACUUACAUUUAUUACAAGUUUCCUUUAGAAACAUUGCAAAACAGGCGUAGAAUAUUUCUUUAAUAUUUCUAUUCAUAUUUUCAAGAAAGAGAACUUGAAAACUGCUUUCUCAGCCAUAAACAUAAUAGGUUCAUGAAUUUACGUUAGAUUUUAUUUCUACCUUCAUAUUCUAAAAAAAUAUCAUUGUGUGCAAUAAAAUACAUCGGCUAUUGUAUGAAGCAGGUGGAAAUGAAACAGCAUUGGAAAACGGAGGAGCAUUGUAUUUAACAUUUAUCACGUGUAGACGUAAGGGCUUGGCUUCUGCAUUUUUUUUUACCAAAAGUCAGAUCAUAGUACAUACUGUCAUAAACAGCCACACUAAUAUUUUUUUUAAUAAACGAGAUAAUUAUCAAAUACAGUGGUGCCCCGUUGAACAAACCUGCCUCUUCUUCCUCUAGUAGAUUUCAUUAUCGAAUCUCGUUAAAAUGUUAUUGCAAAUUAAAACCGUGAAUACUUAGAAAGAAAUCACAAAAUUAUGAUGAAAUGCUAAAUCUUUCACAUUACUGUUUAAAAUGAAAUUUGGAAAAUUGUUUUAAUGAUCAAUGGUUAUUUCAGUUAUUUCAUUUUUCGCACCGUUUAAAAUAAUUGUAUUAGAGUUUUGUGUAACUUUGAGCAUGGAUUUAAUUGUAUAAUACACAUAACUACAGAGUAUAUUGAGCUAAAGUUAAAAUGUAAGACUACAUAAAAAGUUUCUCAAUCAACAUAUUUUUAAAUCAAACUCUCCUAAAAAGUUCAUAUAAGUUAUUUUUAUGUUUGAUAAGACAGCAUGUUUUAAAGCGGUGACAUUUUUAAAAUUGAAACGUGUUUGUGACGACACAAAGCGUAAAGAUUUCCAUGUACUUAUGUUGCAAUGCUGACGUUAUAACUUUUCUUAAUCACAUAAGAGAGAGAAUAGAUAGCAUUGUGUCUACUCUUUCUGCUUGUGGUCGAAAACAGACUGCAGGAAAAAAUUCUCGAUCGUCUAAACAGCUCAAUUUCUAACGAAAAUGUUGUCAAAUUGUAAUUACCUUGCAUAUAAAUAUGUCCAAACGAAAUAUUUUAGUCGACGAAAUCUUCUAUUUUCUGUGCAGUAUUUUUGAUGAUCGACGUAUCCGUGAUUCCAGAAUUAUGUAAAUAGAACCACUGUGAUUAAAUUGUGUUUCACAGGGUUAUGUUAAUAUUUAUUACAUAUAUUAUCAAUCUGUUAAAAUAUUUUCUCAAGUAUCACACCCAAUAGGGAUGUCAAGAGAAGUUCCUUAUGAUGAAAACAAAGCAUUUUGCAGCGAACCAUUGAUCGAGUUUGUUUCUUUCUUCACCACGCGUAUCGUGUAUUUCCUUUCUGCUCGCAGAACAUAAUCUGCAGAAAGACAGAGUCAAAUUCUGCAGACUAUGUUAUACGAGUAGGAAGAAAAAUACACGAUACGCGUGGUGAAAAAGGAGAUGAACCCGAUCAAUGGUUUUCCGCAAAAUGCUGUGUUUACAUCAUUAUUGUCAAAUUAAAAAAAAAAGUGGACAUUAUCAGGCAUUCAAAUAAAGAUCUAUUUUAUGGAAAAUACAGAGGCUUUGAGGAUGCCAGAAAAAUGUAACUAUAAUGUACAAUUUGGCAUAUAUUAUUGUAUAUUUGUCCGUCAAAGUACCAAUUCAAUUAUAUAAUACAAAUUUCCUCCAAAUGACAAUUACUUUUUUCAUCACACUACUGAAAAUUACAAUUAGCCUUCGAACCGAAACAAAUAAAAGUCAAGGUCAACUAAUUUUAGAAAAAAAUUUAAUGCACGCUAAUACAUUUUAGGAGUUAUUUUUAUAUUUUAUCUCACUUUUCCAGCGAAUCACGGUAAAAAUUACGUCGGGAGUGGAAAAACGCUGUGAAAAAGUACAUUGUGGAAAAUAAAUCAUGUUCAUUAAAAAUUACCGUAGAGAAGUGGUUGUGAAAAACGUGCGAAAUGCAAAGACAAUGCGGUCCUGCUGCUACCUGCGUCAUUUUUGUUUAGAAAAAAAACCGAUUUUUGGCACAAAUCACAGUUAUCUAUCAAAUAAAUUGCAGUAAAAUGGGAAGAAGAUGUUUUAAUAAAGUUCAGAAGGGAAAACAUUACUCAGGAAAGAUAUAAUUUCUUUCAAAAAAAAAAUCUGUAAAAGGUUUACACAAACGAAAUGGAUUCUUUAGUUUUUUUAUUCUUAGGUUUUAGUUUAGGCUCUUGAAUAAAAUUCCAUGAGGCAGCCAUAAGCUGACCUCGUGGUCACCGCAAUUUGGAAAAUCAUGGCUUUCUUUGGCUGAGAUCAAAGCCGAAUGAAAGAAGGUCUCGAUGGUGACCAAAGACAUUGCCUAAUCCGGAUGGGCUAAAGAGAAAGUUUUCAAUCUGCUCUAUCAGGGUCUCUUUCUGAGCACCCGUGCUCAGUCUUCGCUGCGUCCCACUGUGGAGGAUCGGGGUUAUAUUCAAUAAGAUCUUCUCUGAUUAGGCAUUCAAUCUAAACUAAUCCCUCUUUUCCACGACACGUGCGAAAAUUGAUUUUAGGGCAAUAGACACAAACAUACAUUAACAUAUAAAAAUCUGUCGCCGCUUUGCGGAUUACUGGGAUUAAUUGCAUAAUUAAUAAUUUGGUUGCAAAGCUAAUGUUGUAAUGUUUUACUUAUUGUUUUGAUUUCUAACAUUUCAUCAAUCACCGUAUGGAAAGGAAGCAAAUCCAAAAAUUAUUAUUUUUUGAAGUUAGCUUAACUAUCAAAGAUUUCUAAGUCUCUAUUUUUUAUUUCUGUAAUAUUAUUAAAAUUCUAAUUAUGAGAGUGGAAUUUAAGAUGAUAAAUCUGGUAAGUAAUUCUUUAUAUGCUAUAAAGAUAUUUUACUAAGCAUUAUAGACUAGUGCUCUGUUUUAGGAGAAGUUUUUAAAUUAUCUUCACGAUUUUUUUUAAAUUCAGGGUUAAUAUAUAAAUAAUGUACAUGGGCAUACCUUGAAAUACAUACCUUGUAGUAACUGAUAUCAUCAAUAAGAUAUAUAAAUUAAAGGUAAUCUUUCUGGAAGAAUUCCAAUACAGCUCAACAAAAGUGAAGAUAAGGGUCUGAUACAACAUUUAGUAGAGAAUAUACAUGCCAUGAGGUUAGAAAAAAAAAACGAAAGUGCAUUCUGAAUUAUAGGUAAUAUCACAACCAAAUAUUGCAAUCUAAAGAUUAUGUAUUAAAGCAGUAUGUAGUAUUUAUCUCUUUUCUAUUUUUGCCAUAAUUUUAAGGUAAACUCAAUAAAAUCACGAUCAGAUUAGAUUUUUUUAUGGAAAAAAAUUCGUUUAGAUGUGAAGGUGAUAAAAUUAGGUUGGUGACAUUAUCAUGGAAAAGUUACAUCAUUAUCCGCAUUUAUUUUAGUGCAUAAAUUGUAAUGAAAUGAAGUAACACUUUAGAUUAAAUCAUCAUGUAUAAUUUGACUAAUUGUUUUGAAUUCAACCAUAUUCUCAGAUAUUUUUAAUAUUCUCUCCGUUAUCGGCUGGAAGUAGUUUAAACUAAAUAGUACGGGCAUAUUUAGAACUAUAUAAUACAAAGUUUUCCCCAAAAAUAGAUCGUAAUAGACAAAAAUAGAAAAAAUAUAGUUGUUUUAGUUCAUAUGGACACACAAUAUAUUUUAAAUUUAAUUUGAAAUGACUUGAUAUCAAUCCCUAUAAUAAUGUCAAUAUAGACGAAAUUGUUAAUUAAUUUGAGUCAUACUUCACUUUAUUCUCAUUGUUUUUCAUGCUGAAAUAGGCUACAGUAUACUCGUCAUUGUUUGGCACAAACCUUCGACCGGUGUAAACCUUUGUUGCAAGUAUCAACAUAAUGCAAGACAUAAAACUCCUUUCCCUUGAAUACUUUCUCCUAAACUUUAGAUUUGAUAAGGUCGUUUUCCAUUUCUCAAAAACUUCCUACUGAUCCUUUUACCAUGCCAUUUUCGUUAGAGGAGCGUCGAGUAUCAAAGCUAUCUUCGCUGCUGAAUACUCCUGCAAACUUUGCAAACUUUUUUUUCGGAAUUCUUGCUAAGACUAUGAAUUAGCUAGCAACUUCUGUAAACCUUAGAAUAAGAUAAUAAAAAAGCAGCCAAGCUAUUAAAACCCACGAUGGAAAGGCCUUUUUCCCUUAUGCAAAUUUAUUCUUCUUAUAACGUUUCGGAUGUGUAAAUAGCAAAAUAUCCAUCCAUAAAAUUUAUUUAGUCAAUAACUCCAAUGGACGUAAAAUACACCAACCAAAACUAAUUUUCAUAUAUAAGAAGAUACUCUUUAAAUUU